AUGGCCGCGAACACUCACAGGGGAUUUCAGGAUGUCCGCCAAGCCACAAAUCAACUCAUUCUGGGGAAUUCUUUACAUGAUUUCAAGGGAUCUGAUGACGAGAAAAUCGUCCAGAACUUUUUCAAAGUUAUCCUGACUGAUCCUGGGUUUGUUCGUUUCGUUAACUUAGAAAUCCGAAACUGUAACGCUGAAGAUGGAACAAGUUUCCGUGAUGCAUACAUUUCUCUUCGAGCAACAUAUGAAUGUAUGAUGAGAGCGAGAGCUAAUUUUGUUACUGAACGUCCAAGUUGUGAAGGGGUUGAAAUAAGGGACCUGCUGAAUACGGACAGUCUCGAAGAUUUUCUGUCAAGAGGAGUUGAUGCAAUCGGAAAUCGCACACAACCCGAUGUUUGUCAGUCAUUCUGGGCGCUGUUGAAUUUUCUCCGUGAGAUCAAAACCCACGAGGGCGCCAUUAGAAGACUUUUGAACAUUGCUCCAAAAAAUACAACCAAGAAAACACAGAUAAUGACUGGAUUGGCACAUCACCUGUUUUCCCAGUUGGUACCAAACAAAAAGUAUGAGGUUGAUGAAAAUAUAAAGAAUCUCCCACAAACUUGUGGCUGUGGCUGUAAUAGCAAUAUUUGUGGAGGAAACACUUCAAUAGGAUCAAGAGAGACAUGGCAUGGUCAAGUAGAUAUCAUGGUGAAUGGUGUAGUUGUUGUUGCAUUUGGGAAGGAACAUAGCGCUGCUGAAGAUGAAAAAGAUGAGGAUACAGUUGAAUAUGAACCUCCAAGGAAACAAAUUAGGAUGAAAACUGAGGAAAGUUGUGAUAUGUGUGUCGAAAUUCAACGUAACAGAAGCCACGAAAGUGACCUUCUGGAUCUGAAGUUUUUGAAUCAAAUUUUGGCUGAAGCUGUGAUAAAUGGAUUUGCUCAAGUAAACAAAAAUAAGAGUACGUUUUCAAACUUCUUGAUUCCAACUAUUGGAGCCACGUCGGAACGUGUUACAGUUUGUCUGUAUGACUCUGAAAAUGACUGUUUAUUACAUAUCGAUGAUGAACUUCAAUUAUGGGAUGUAAGCGAUACGCGACAACUGGACCACGAAACUAUUAUCAUUAUUUGGCUGUUUUUGAAUUUCACUUUGUUCUCCAAGAGAAAUCUCGCUAUUUCAACUAAACUGAAAAAAUCAGGAUUGCACAGAAUUUUAAAUGAAAAUCUGAAGUAUUACAAACAGACAAAAACAAAUGAAAAUUUUGAUUUACAUACACUUGAUAGAAGACCAUGGAUAAAAGCAACAGUAGAGAUCAAACACCCAGAUACCUGAGCAUCAUCAAUAGGAAUGAUAUACCAGGGUACUUUACUUUGUAUAAUAAUAUGGACUUAUGUAUGUACAUGUAUAUUUCAAUUAACUUAACCGGAGAAACGGAGGGGACUAUACAGGUUUCCUCUCCGUCCAUCUGUCUGUCUGUCAGUCCGUCCAUUCACUUUUCCGCAUUUUCAGCCAUACUGUAAGGUAUGUUGAUGGAAGUUGCAUGUAACUUCAGUAUGUAGCUACAGAUAAAGUUUGAGUUUCAGGGUUUUUGGGUCAAGGUCAUUUAUAUAUAAUUACUAUUUUCGGUGGGGGCAGGUAGGGGACAUAUAGUGCUUUAGCAAUUUUACUGUCAGAAUGCUUGUUAACAAAUGGAUUAAUUGAAUUACAUGUUUUAGGUCAUCUGACCUGGAUAGUCAGGAUGACCCAUUGCCAUCGUGUUUAAACUGUUGUUUUGCGCCAUCUACCACCAUCUCUGCAUAAACUUUUUUACAUUUUAGAUUUCUCUAGUAACACCAGUGGAAUCAUCAACACGAGGUCAGCAAACUUUAGGUAAUAAUGAUCGAAUGCAUAAUUCAAUGCCAAUUUUUCAUAAAAUAUCAAUCUGCAAAAAAUAUUUUUUGGAGCAUUUUGGGUCACCUGAGUUAUUCUAAUUGCCUUUUGUCUGUCGUUGUUCUGUAAGCAAUUUACAUUUUCGACUUCUUCUCAAAACUGCUCAACCAAAUUCAAUGAAUUUUGGCUGGAAGCUUAUAUGGGUUAAGGUCAGCCAAAAUUGGGAAUUAUAUGGUCCCCAUUCCCCCAUUCUUCAUAGUAGGAAGGGUCUUAUUAUGGUGCUUUACCAAAAUUGUGAAUUUCAUUACCCUGGGGUCUCGCGUUUGCCCCUAGGGAGGGGCUAAACUUUACUAUAUUCUAUAUAGAGAAAUAACAUUUUUCACUCUCAUUUGUUUGCUUUCUAUUGGAAUUCAUUCUAACUUACUAGCAUUAUCAGCAUGCAUGGGAUGACAGCUUAAUGAUAUGCACAUGUUGGCCCUGACUGACCCCUUGGACCAAUGGGUGGAGCCAAAAGGGUCAAUACAUUAAAUUAACUGAAAUAUUUCAAAUCUUGGGUGACCAUUAGGCCCUAUGGGCCUCUUGAUUUUCACGCAACUGUGAGAAUUGUACUUUAAGUUAAUGUGUUCAUUUGAUGUAUCUCGUAUGCUCAUACUGUACAUAUUGCAAUGUUUAAGUGAGAAAUUUUUGCAAUGUAUCAUGUAAGUUUUGUCGGAAGAUGUGAUAACCUCAGCGAUGUACAUGUUUACAAAAUACUAUAUGUUAGAUGUACUCAUGAACUGUUAAAAGUUAAUAAAAUUCAAUGAAA